AGAUACAAUCACCCGAAUAUGGUUAUAUCUCUCCAUGCAACAACAAGCAAUGGCGAGAGAGGGAACAUAAUAAUUUGGUGGUUGUAUCUCUCAAUACAAACAAUCAAUGGAGAGUGGAAAAUCAGUUACAAAAUAAUUUGGUGGCUGUAUCUCUUGAUGCAACGUCAUUAAAUCGUUGCGUUAAGAGACAUCGAUGA